GCCCAGGCCAGCCAGGCCCUGCUGCUCUUCAUGGGCAUCACCUACCUGGUGUCGCCUUUCGGUGGCUGGUUGGCUGACGCCCUCCUGGGCAAGUUUGGCACCAUCCUGCUCAGCAUGGCGCUCUACCUGCUGGGCAUGCUGGCCUUCCCCGUCAUCGCCGCACCGCACACCCGCCAGGGCCUCUGUGGGGACAUCCCCUUGUUCCCCGUAGAGAACUGCUCCUCUCCGGCAGCCAAUGCCACCAUGGCGCCUUGCUCCCAGGUGGGAGCCACCCGCUACUGUGCCACCGCCACCUUCGUCGGACUGGUUCUCGUGGGGCUGGGCGUCGGGUCGGUCAAGGCCAACAUCACCCCUUUUGGGGCGGACCAGGUCAAAGAUCGGGGUCCAGAAGCCACAAGAAGAUUUUUUAAUUGGUUUUAUUGGAGCAUUAAUUUGGGAGCUAUUCUUUCUUUGGGAGGCAUUGCAUACAUUCAGCAGAAUGUGAGCUUUGUUAUUGGAUAUAGUAUCCCCACAGUUUGCAUUGGGAUUUCAUUCAUGGUUUUCUUAUGUGGUCAGAGUUUCUUCAUCACAAAACCGCCGGAUGGUAGUGCCUUCACAGACAUGUUUAAAAUUCUCGCAUAUUCUUGUUGCUCAAGAAAAAGACAUGUGGAACGUUCAACUAAUAGCGAAGGCCAGGGAGUACUUCAGCAACCUCGCAAGCAAAGCCUGUUUGAGAUGGCCAAGCUGUCUCGUGGGGGCCCAUUCAGAGAAGAUAAAGUAGAAGAUGUGAAAGCUCUCGUCAAGAUUAUCCCUGUCUUUUUGGCUUUAAUACCUUACUGGACAGUGUAUUUUCAAAUGCAGACAACAUAUGUAUUGCAAAGUCUCCAUCUGAAAAUUCCUGAAAUAUCAAAUGACACCAACUCUAUUCAUACGUUUCCAGCAGCCUGGUUGACUAUGUUUGAUGCAGUGCUUAUUCUGAUCCUAAUACCCUUAAAAGAUAAAUUGGUGGACCCCAUUUUAAAGAGGAAUGGCUUGCUCCCAUCCUCACUGAAGAGGAUUGCAGUUGGAAUGUUCUUUGUAAUGUGUUCUGCAUUUGCUGCAGGAAUUCUGGAAAGCAACAGACUGAAAGUUGUAAAGGUUAAAACAAUUAAUCAGACAAUUGGAAAUGUUACAUACUAUGCUGCAGAUUUGCCAAUAUGGUGGCAGAUUCCUCAAUAUGUGCUGAUUGGAUUCAGUGAAAUAUUUGCAAGUAUAGCAGGUCUAGAAUUUGCAUAUUCAGCUGCUCCAAAAUCUAUGCAGAGUGCUAUUAUGGGGCUGUUUUUUUUCUUUUCGGGGAUUGGAUCAUUUGUUGGCUCUGGAUUGUUGGCACUGGUGUCUAUUAAAGAAAUCGGCUGGAUGAGUAAUCACACGGAUUUUGGUAACAUUAAUGGCUGCCAAUUAAACUAUUAUUUUUUUUUGCUGGCUGCUAUCCAAGGAGCAACCCUUUUGCUUUUCCUUAUUGUUUCUGUGAAAUAUGAUCAUCAAAAAUCAAAGAUUAAUGAAGUGGCUGCCAAUGGGAGGAUCUGAUAUCUGUUACAGAGCAGACUUUAUUACAGCAGCACACAAUGAAGUGGCAGUGCACCCUAAGUCUGCGAGAUCUUAUGUUUUCUCCAGUGAGACUCUUACUAGACUUGCAUGUUACAAGAGUUCUCGCCCCUGCCCCCUCUCAUGUAACGUAGGUAAGUGCCUUAUGUUGGCGGGGCUUAAUUCUUGCACUACGUCCUGGCGGAGGACAAACACAAAUCUUGGAAGUGUAUUAACUCUAGGCAUUCAAGUUGCUCUUUGUUAAUCGUGAGAUGUUUACUUAACUCUUGAAAGUUGGGACACUUACACUUGGAAAUUGAGU